CUCAUGUGCUGCCGAGUUUGCUCUCUCGCAACCAAUAUCCAUCAAUAUUUUGCCGGUCAUGGCACUGCAAUUGCGGAAAAUGCUCGUAGGAUUGUCUAUCACUCGUUCCCUUACGUUCAAAUGUGCCGAAGGUGUUGCUCCCUCAUCAAGGAUACCAUGGCUGCAUAGCUCCAGAUUAUUUGCCUCAGUAGACGCUUCAAAUGAAGGGAAGAGAAAAUCGAACGAGGACGAGGGUCACAGGGUGACAGUGGAGGGUGGGGAUGCCUCUCCUUCGAAAGAGGAUAUGGAUGACCACGACGGUGGCGGCUUAGAUAUCAACACCGAGACUGGUGAGGUGGGCGGACCCCACGGUCCAGAGCCCACUAGGUAUGGAGAUUGGGAAAAAGGCGGCCGUUGCUACGAUUUCUAGUUUGUAGUCUUUUGCGUUUUUACUAUAGUGGCGGUAUCUAGUCCCACAGUUACAAUGAGCUAAGAAUCUCAGCGAGGGAUUAUUCAAACGCACAUUGAAUUGCUGGGAUAGGAUUGCAAUGUGAACUGUCACACAGUGUAAUAGUCGCACUUUUGGUUUUGUUAAUGACUUUAAUAAUCACGUUAACUUUGAGUUUAACUUCUAAUACCGGCUUUGAGGUUACAACCUUUAGUUGAGCAUUGCGCGCUUUUAAUGCAUGCUGCUAGAUAGUAAACUUAUAGUAUCUAGCUUCGGACUUUCAAGAAUUCCCUAACAGAUGAAGAUAUGGAUGCGUUUCCAUUGA